AUGGAGAUCGGCACUUCACUGUAUGAUGAUCAGGGAACCAAGAUUGUAAAGGAUCUGAUGGCCAAAGCAGAUAAGAAUGGAGUAAGGAUCACCCUGCUCGUCAACUUCACAACAGCUGACAAGUUUGCCGAGAAUGCAAACACUGGACAUGCCAGCAUCUCCACUGGGAUCCCAGCAGGAUGGAUGGGUCUAGACUGUGGUUCAGAGUGUAUAAAACGGUUUGUAGAAGCAGUUAGAAGAGCGAAGCAGAGAGUCAGGAAUGGCCCAGUUGGAGAGUUCGAGUGGGACAAGUUUUCUAAAGGAGCCAAAGCU